AUGAGCGAGUGGGACCAGCUGGCCAGCUGGGUCGUCAACAACGACCUCUACUGCCCCAACGUCGUCUGGCUCAUCCAGCUCCCCCGCCUGUACAACGUGUACAAGGACAUGGGCAUAGUGGCGUCGUUCCAGACCAUGCUGGACAACAUCUUCCUGCCGCUCUUUGAAGUCACCGUUGACCCCUCCUCGCACCCGCACCUCCACAUCUUCCUCAACCAUGUGGUGGGGUUUGACAUGGUGGACGAUGAGAGCCGCCCGGAGCGCCGGCCAACGAAGCACAUGAUAACACCGGCGGAAUGGACCAACCCCUUCAACCCCGCCUACUCCUACUACACCUACUACGUCUAUGCCAACCUCUACAAGCUCAACCGCCUGCGCGAGUCCAAGGGCCUCUCCAUCCUCAAGUUCCGCCCGCACUCUGGGGAGGCAGGAGACGUGGACCAUCUAGCCGCCACCUUCCUGACGGCGCACAACAUAGCGCACGGCAACAACCUGCGGCGCACGCCGGCCCUGCAGCACCUGUACUACCUGGCGCAGAUCGGGCUGGCCAUGUCCCCUUUGAGCAACAACUCCUUGUUCCUGGACUACCACAAGAACCCCUUCCCGCAGUUCUUUGCACGCGGCCUGAACGUGUCGCUGUCCACAGACGACCCCCUCAUGAUCCACCUCACCAAGGAGCCGCUCGUCGAGGAGUACAGCAUCGCUGCGCAGGUGUGGCGCCUGACUUCAUGCGACCUCUGUGAGAUAGCCCGCAACUCCGUCUACCAGUCAGGCUUCUGGCACCCCACCAAGGCGCAUUGGAUAGGGCCGCGCUACUUCCUGCGGGGCCCAGACAGCAACGACAUCCACCGCACCAACGUGCCGCACAUCCGCAUUGAAUUCCGCUACCAGGCAUGGGAGGCAGAGAUGGAGUAUGUGUAUCUGGGCAAGGCCAAGCUGCCUCAGGAGAUCGACUCCUGA